AUGUCUAUUGACAAGCGCAACGGUGGCUGUGAUCCUACACAGAGUACUGUUACUGAGUGGCAGUCCAAGGCUGAAGUCAUCAAAGGCAAUCCCAAAAGCUUCGUUUGCAAAGGCAAAGAAUGGCCGCAGGCUUGCUACCAUUACUACUCCGUGAUCGAGAAUAAUCCGAAGUUCGCAUCAUUGACGUGCCACAACAACGCUGACCGCCACGACGGUAUCGCUACCGACGACUGGAAAAAGCAACACACGCUACCUACUUUCACGAAGUCGUACAUGCCCAAAGAACUGAUCAAUGUGGACGUGCGAGGGAACGGUAAAUCAGUGACUACUGUCCUGUGCGAUCGCGAUGAAUACCCUCCCGCCUACUUCAUGCCUAACGUACCUAAGGCGCAAAACACCGGACAGAUAGUUCGAUGGCUGCCACAAGGCGAAAAUAAGGGCGCGGGCAGUAUCUGGAAGGAGUUCUGCGAGAAGUUCGAUGGUGGUGAGGGCAACGGGCGGUUCCACAAACAGGACUCGCCUGGAGGUAUCAAAAAGGGUGAUCUCAACAUGAACAACGUCGAAACUAGUGUCGGCGCCAUCAAGAAGAGGAUAGGAAACGAUAAGAGUACCACUACGACCACGACCAUUCAUGCUACAUAUACGCGCGCUGUUUUCAGCAUGAAGUUCGACAACAACUGGCCUUUGAAGCCUGACAAGGCCAACAACUGGGGCCUUGAAGAGAACCCGUGUUGGCCGAAGGCUAUUGUACCAGAAGAUCCUGGAUUCGUUCUACUCACUGACGAUAACUGGUAUAAAACGGCCGACGGCGCCUGGGCGGACAUCGACAAGGCACGCGCCAAUGUCAAGGCAGAACUUUACGCUAAGAAGCCGAAAGCGAAGGACCAGGCCGCGCAAGCCGCCAUGAAAGCUCGUAUUGCUGCUGCUGAUGCAAUCAAAGCGACCUGGAAACGUGGCCUUCCUUCUCUUGACCUUGAAGUCCUUGAUGAUGGGUUAGGCAUUAGGAAUGCUAACACCAGCGAAAGGUUAGACGCGCGGAAAUACGAGGUGAUUGAAUGUGAGACAGCAGAUUGUGCGAAUGAAAGAAGGGGAUUGAACGCUGAUGAAAUUGCGGCAAUUCUGCCAGGACGUAAUGCUGAGCUAGUCGAGCCAGUUCCUGCGGAUGCUGUGGCGACAUCAGUUCCUCAGACGCUUGUAAAGGUUGUCAGAGCGGAGACGGGCAGCGGUGUGAGAGCAGAGCUGCCGAGGGCGACGGCUGUAUGA